AUGUCGUUUGGCCAACUUUCUGAUCCCCGUUUGCCAUCAUUCCUGGUUACCAUUAUUGUCGCUCGCUAUCACCCUCUCAUGUUUAGAAGCUCUCCUACUCUCUCCCCCCUGCGUCUCUUCACAUCCCCCUCCUCUGCCUCCCAUCCCCCUCCUCUGCCUCCCAUCCCCCUCCUCUGCCUCCGUUCCCCCUCCUCUGCCUCCCAUCCCCCUCCUCUGCCUCCCUUCCCCCUCCUCUGCCUCCCUUCCCCCUCCUCUGCCUCCCUUCCCCCUCCUCUGCCUCCCUUCCCCCUCCUCUGCCUCCCUUCCCUCCCUGCUACAGGUGGUGGUGACUCAGAUUGGCACGUUGGGAACCAUGCUGUAUGCGAGGUGGGUGCAGAGGGAGCAUGGAGGGGUGUAGAGCGAUGUAGAGGGAUACAGAGGUAUAUAGAGGUGAUUCAGGUGGUGUUGACUGGGAUUGGCACGCUGGGUAUCAUGCUGUGUGCCAGCACGUGGUGGGAUGGGAUGGAAGGGAGCUCUGUGCUCAACGUGUCAGUACUGCUGGGGAGAAUGGACGAGGUGAGGCCAGGUGCGGUGCGGUGCGGUGCGCCUCCUCAUGCCUCAUGCCUCCCUCUCACCUCCAUCUCCCCUCCCUCGCACUUCCCUCUCCACUCCCUCUUUAAUCCCCCUCUCUGCCCUUCCCCUUCUUUCCCCUCCCACUCCCCUCCCCCUCUCUCUCCCUCCCUCCUCUCUCCCUCCCUCCUCUCUCUCCCUCCCUCCUCUCUCCCUGAGCAGCCACUGAUGGCAGCAUGUGCACGCUACCUCAUAGAGACACUCAGGUCUGUGUCCCCUUCUCUCCUCCUCCUCUCACCGUUCUCCACUCACCGCCCUCCUCUCUCACACCACUCUCCUCGCCUUGCUCGCCUCUCACCCUCUUCACGCGUACUCCUCUCACCCCCUUCGGGCGUACUCCCCUCACCCCCUAUCUCUUUCGCUCGAGAAUUCCCCUUCACCCUUUCUCCUCCCACAAUCACCCUCUCUCCACUUGAUCUCCCUCAUUCACCUUCCCCUUUUCCCGUUCCGCCUUCCCCCAUUCCAUCAGCCAACAGGGAGUGA